AGCUCUAAUGCAGUCAGAUGGAGUCCAGCCUGCGGCUGUGGAGCAUUAAUCUGAUACUACAAAAGUAGCAGCAUUAGGGAGGGGUUGCAGGAAGAGUGUUAUUGUAAAGGAGAGGAAGGAGUGCACCUUUAGACUGACUGGGGCAAAUGUGUGCAGAUGCUGCAUGCACCACUGAAACCCAGACUUAUGCAUCAGCUGGGUGCGUUCAGGCUGGCGGGUGUUACGUGCCCUUUCGCAUUGUGAAGGCGAAGGUAUUGGUUUUUUCCUCCUGCCUUUAAGAACUUUUUAAGGAGAAGCUGAUGCUGAGGACGGGUUAGAGUGUUCAAGAUGACGACGACAGUAGCAACAGACUAUGACAAUAUUGAAAUACAACAGCAGUACAGUGAUGUUAACAACCGGUGGGAUGUCGAUGACUGGGACAACGAGAAUAGCUCUGCGCGACUCUUUGAGAGAUCUCGUAUUAAGGCCUUAGCAGAUGAACGUGAGGCAGUUCAGAAGAAGACUUUCACAAAGUGGGUUAAUUCACACUUGGCACGUGUAUCAUGCAGAAUUACAGAUUUAUACGCCGACCUUCGCGAUGGACGGAUGCUUAUCAAACUGCUGGAAGUUCUUUCAGGAGAGAGACUUGUGGGUUGGGUCUCGUUCCCCGGACCAUCUUCGCUGCAGCCAGCCACCACGCCCAAACCAACAAAGGGAAGGAUGCGCAUCCAUUGUUUGGAAAAUGUUGAUAAGGCCCUUCAGUUUCUGAAAGAACAAAGAGUGCAUCUAGAAAAUAUGGGAUCCCAUGAUAUUGUGGAUGGGAAUCACAGGCUGACUCUUGGCCUUAUUUGGACCAUUAUUCUGAGAUUCCAGAUCCAGGAUAUCAGUGUUGAAACUGAAGAUAACAAAGAGAAGAAGUCUGCUAAAGAUGCUUUGCUAUUGUGGUGCCAGAUGAAGACAGCUGGUUAUCCCAAUGUCAACAUUCACAACUUCACUACUAGCUGGCGGGACGGGAUGGCUUUCAACGCACUAAUACAUAAACACAGGCCUGAUCUCAUUGAUUUUGACAAGCUGAAGAAAUCAAAUGCACACUACAAUCUGCAGAAUGCUUUUAACCUGGCAGAGCAACACCUUGGUCUUACUAAGCUUUUGGACCCAGAGGAUAUCAGUGUUGACCAUCCUGACGAAAAGUCAAUUAUCACCUAUGUGGUGACAUAUUACCACUACUUUUCUAAGAUGAAAGCUUUAGCCGUUGAAGGAAAACGUAUUGGAAAGGUGCUUGACAAUGCCAUCGAAACAGAGAAAAUGAUUGAAAAAUACGAAUCACUGGCUUCUGACCUUCUUGAGUGGAUUGAACAAACCAUCAUCAUCCUGAAUAAUCGCAAAUUUGCUAACUCACUGGUUGGUGUGCAACAGCAGCUGCAGGCAUUCAACACCUAUCGCACAGUGGAGAAACCACCCAAAUUUACAGAAAAAGGAAACCUAGAAGUGCUGCUUUUCACCAUCCAAAGCAAAAUGAGAGCGAACAAUCAGAAAGUGUACAUGCCCAGGGAAGGCAAACUCAUCUCGGACAUUAACAAGGCCUGGGAAAGACUGGAAAAAGCUGAACAUGAAAGAGAACUGGCACUGCGAAAUGAGCUCAUAAGACAAGAGAAACUGGAACAACUUGCACGUAGAUUUGAUCGCAAGGCAGCUAUGAGAGAAACCUGGCUGAGUGAAAAUCAACGUUUAGUUUCUCAGGAUAACUUUGGUUUUGACCUUCCAGCAGUGGAGGCUGCAACUAAAAAGCACGAGGCCAUUGAAACAGACAUUGCAGCAUAUGAAGAACGAGUCCAAGCAGUGGUUGCUGUUGCAAGGGAGCUUGAGACUGAAAAUUACCAUGAUAUCAAACGUAUCACUGCAAGAAAGGACAACGUUAUCCGUUUGUGGGAGUACCUGCUGGAGCUGCUCAGGGCACGUAGACAAAGACUGGAGAUGAACCUUGGUCUGCAAAAGAUAUUCCAGGAAAUGCUUUACAUUAUGGAUUGGAUGGAUGAAAUGAAGGUGCUGCUGCUGUCUCAGGACUAUGGCAAGCAUUUGUUAGGGGUAGAAGACCUGUUACAGAAACAUGCCCUAGUGGAGGCAGACAUUGCCGUUCAGGCUGAGAGAGUGAGAGGGGUCAAUGCAUCUGCUCAGAAAUUUGCCACAGAUGGGGAAGGUUACAAACCGUGUGACCCACAAGUUAUCAGAGACCGAGUAGCUCAUAUGGAGUUUAGUUACCAAGAACUAUGCCAGUUAGCAGCUGAACGCCGGGCUCGCUUGGAAGAAUCCAGACGUUUGUGGAAAUUUUUCUGGGAAAUGGCUGAAGAGGAGGGCUGGAUCAGAGAAAAGGAACAAAUCUUGUCAUCUGAUGACUAUGGGAAGGAUCUAACUAGUAUCAUCCGCCUCUUAAGUAAGCAUAAAGCAUUUGAAGAUGAAAUGAGUGGUCGUAGUGGCCACUUCCAACAGACUAUAAAAGAAGGUGAAGAUAUGAUUGCUGAGGAACACUUUGGGUCAGAGAAAAUCAAGGAACGAAUCAAGGACAUUCGGGAGCAGUGGGCUAACCUUGAGCAGCUCUCUGCCAUUAGGAAAAAGCGCCUGGAAGAAGCCUCUUUGCUUCACCAGUUCCAAGCUGAUGCCGAUGAUAUCGAUGCCUGGAUGUUGGACAUCCUUAGGAUUGUCUCCAGCAAUGAUGUUGGUCAUGAUGAAUAUUCCACUCAGUCUUUGGUCAGGAAACACAAAGAUGUUGCCGAAGAGAUUGCAAACUAUAGAUCUGUCAUUGACUCUCUUCAUGAGCAGGCGAAGGCUCUGCCACAAGAACAUGCUGAAUCUGCAGAUGUGCAGGGCAGGUUGUCUGGAAUAGAGGAAAGAUACAAAGAGGUGGCUGAACUGACCCGGCUCCGUAAGCAAGCAUUACAAGAUACCCUUGCUCUGUAUAAGAUGUUCAGUGAAGCAGAUGCAUGUGAACUUUGGAUUGAUGAAAAGGAGCAGUGGCUGAACAGUAUGCAGAUUCCAGAGAAGCUAGAAGACCUGGAAGUGAUCCAGCACAGAUUUGAAAGCUUAGAACCAGAAAUGAACAAUCAGGCAUCCCGUGUUGCAGUGGUAAAUCAGAUUGCUAGACAGCUGAUGCACAGUGGUCAUCCAAGUGAGAAGGAGAUCAAGGCACAGCAAGAUAAACUGAACACAAGGUGGAGCCAGUUCCGAGAACUGGUAGACAGAAAGAAGGAUGCUCUUAUCUCUGCUCUAAGUAUCCAGAACUACCAUCUGGAAUGUAAUGAAACCAAAUCCUGGAUUAGGGAAAAAACCAAAGUAAUUGAAUCCACACAAGACCUGGGCAACGAUCUGGCUGGAGUAAUGGCCCUUCAGAGGAAGUUGACGGGUAUGGAACGUGAUUUGGUAGCUAUUGAGGCUAAGCUAAGCGACCUGCAAAAAGAGGCAGAAAAGCUGGAAUCUGAGCAUCCUGACCAGGCCCAGGCCAUCCUGUCGAGGCUUGCGGAGAUCAGUGAUGUGUGGGAAGAAAUGAAAACCACCCUAAAGAACCGUGAAGAGUCCCUUGGAGAGGCAAGCAAACUGCAGCAGUUCUUGCGUGACUUGGAUGACUUCCAGUCCUGGCUGUCCAGAACCCAGACUGCGAUUGCCUCAGAAGAUAUGCCAAACACAUUGGCCGAGGCUGAAAAGCUCCUCACUCAGCAUGAGAAUAUUAAGAAUGAGAUUAACAAUUAUGAAGAAGACUACCAGAAAAUGAGGGACAUGGGUGAGAUGGUAACACAAGGGCAGACUGACGCACAGUAUAUGUUCUUACGCCAACGUCUGCAGGCUUUGGACACAGGAUGGAAUGAGCUUCACAAAAUGUGGGAGAAUAGGCAAAGUCUCCUCUCACAAUCCCAUGCCUACCAACUCUUUCUCAGAGAUACCAAGCAAGCAGAAGCAUUUCUCAAUAACCAGGAAUAUGUUUUGGCACAUACUGAAAUGCCCACCACCUUGGAAGGAGCAGAAGCUGCUAUUAAAAAGCAGGAGGAUUUUAUGACCACGAUGGAUGCCAAUGAGGAAAAGAUCAACGCGGUUGUAGAAACUGGCAGGAGACUAGUUAGCGAUGGGAACAUUAACUCUGACAAGAUCCAAGAGAAGGUGGACUCUAUCGAUGACAGACAUAGGAAGAAUCGUGAAGCAGCCAGUGAGCUUCUGAUGAGAUUGAAAGACAACAGGGAUCUUCAAAAGUUUCUUCAGGAUUGCCAGGAGCUGUCACUUUGGAUCAAUGAGAAGAUGCUUACAGCCCAGGAUAUGUCUUAUGAUGAAGCAAGGAACCUACACAGCAAGUGGCUAAAACACCAGGCAUUCAUGGCAGAACUUGGAUCCAAUAAGGAAUGGCUGGACAAAAUUGAAAAGGAAGGGAUGCAACUCAUUGCAGAGAAGCCAGAGACUGAGGCCAUAGUGAAAGAAAAGCUGACAGGUCUACACCAAAUGUGGGAGGAGCUUGAAUCUACCACUCAGACCAAGGCUCAGCGACUCUUUGAUGCGAAUAAAGCUGAGCUGUUCACCCAGAGUUGUGCUGAUCUGGAUAAAUGGCUGAAUGGCUUGGAGUGCCAGAUACAAUCUGAUGACUAUGGAAAGGAUCUUACCAGCGUCAACAUUCUGUUGAAAAAACAACAGAUGCUUGAGAACCAAAUGGAUGUUCGUAAGAAGGAGAUAGAAGAGCUACAAAGCCAGGCACAGGCUUUGAGCCAGGAGGGGAAGAGUACUGAUGAGGUGGAUGGUAAACGUCUUAUUGUAGAGCAGAAAUUUUUGGAAUUACUGGAACCUUUAACUGAAAGGAAGGCAAAUCUAUUGGCCUCCAAAGAGAUCCACCAGUUCAACAGGGACGUAGAAGAUGAGAUUUUGUGGGUUGGCGAGAGGAUGCCUAUAGCAACAUCUACUGAUCAUGGACAUAACCUCCAGACUGUUCAGCUACUAAUAAAGAAAAAUCAGACACUUCAGAAAGAAAUCCAAGGGCAUCAGCCUCGCAUCGAUGACAUUUUUGAGAGGAGCCAGAAUAUCCUUACAGACAGCAGCCCUAAUGCCGAAGCGAUUCAGCAGCGACUUGGUGACUUGCAGCAGCUGUGGAACCUCCUAAUUGAGGAGACAGAGAAACGCCACAAGCGCCUGGAGGAGUCUCACAGAGCACAGCAGUAUUACUUCGAUGCUGCUGAGGCUGAGGCCUGGAUGAGCGAGCAGGAGCUGUAUAUGAUGUCAGAAGAGAAAGCUAAGGAUGAACAGAGUGCAGUAUCCAUGUUGAAGAAGCACCAGAUUUUGGAACAGGCCGUAGAAGACUAUGCUGAGACAGUGCAUCAGCUUUCCAGGACCAGCAGAACUUUGGUUGCAGACAAUCAUCCAGAAAGCGAGCGCAUCAGUAUGCGGCAGUCCAAGGUAGAUAAGCUGUAUGCAGGCCUGAAGGAUCUAGCUGAAGAGAGGAGGGGCAAACUGGACGAGAGACACAGGCUCUUUCAGCUUAACCGGGAAGUGGAUGACUUGGAGCAGUGGAUUGCUGAGAGGGAGGUGGUGGCCGGAUCCCAUGAGCUGGGACAGGAUUAUGAACAUGUAACGAUGCUACAAGAGCGAUUCCGUGAAUUUGCUCGAGACACUGGAAACAUUGGACAGGAGCGGGUUGAUACUGUUAACCAUAUGGCUGACGAGCUCAUCAAUUCAGGACAUUCUGAUGCUGCCACCAUUGCAGAAUGGAAAGAUGGUCUCAAUGAGGCAUGGGCUGACCUGUUGGAGCUUAUUGACACAAGAACACAGAUUCUAGCUGCCUCUUAUGAACUGCAUAAAUUUUACCAUGAUGCCAAGGAGAUCUUAGGACGUAUCCAAGAUAAACAUAAGAAGUUACCUGAAGAACUUGGUAGAGACCAAAAUACAGUGGAAACACUACAGAGAAUGCACACAACGUUUGAACAUGAUAUCCAAGCUUUGGGCACCCAGGUGAGACAACUGCAGGAGGAUGCUGCACGUCUUCAGGCUGCCUAUGCUGGGGACAAGGCUGAUGACAUCCAGAAGAGGGAGAAUGAAGUCCUAGAAGCCUGGAAAGCUCUGCUAGAUGCCUGCGAGGGACGCAGGGUUAGACUGGUAGAUACAGGGGACAAAUUCCGUUUCUUCAGCAUGGUUCGGGAUCUCAUGCUUUGGAUGGAAGAUGUUAUUCGGCAGAUUGAAGCCCAGGAGAAGCCAAGGGAUGUCUCAUCUGUUGAAUUACUAAUGAACAAUCACCAGGGUAUUAAAGCAGAAAUUGAUGCCCGCAAUGACAGUUUUACUACCUGCAUUGAACUUGGCAAAUCUCUCCUGGCAAGAAAACACUAUGCAUCAGAAGAGAUCAAGGAAAAGCUACUGCAGUUGACAGAGAAGAGGAAAGAAAUGAUUGACAAAUGGGAAGACAGAUGGGAAUGGCUGAGACUCAUUUUGGAGGUACAUCAGUUUUCAAGGGAUGCUAGCGUGGCAGAGGCCUGGCUGCUGGGGCAGGAGCCAUACCUAUCCAGCCGUGAGAUAGGUCAAAGUGUGGAUGAAGUGGAAAAGUUAAUUAAGCGGCAUGAAGCAUUUGAGAAAUCUGCAGCUACUUGGGAUGAAAGGUUUGCAGCACUGGAACGACUGACUACGUUGGAGUUACUGGAAGUACGUCGACAGCAAGAGGAAGAGGAGAGAAAGAGGCAACCUCCUUCUCCAGAGCCAAGUCCAAAGGUCACAGAUGACGCAGAUUCACAACAGCAAUGGGAUGGCACAAAAGGAGAACAAAUUUCCCAGAACGGUUUGCCGUCAGACCAGGAGUCUCCACGGAUGGCAGAAACAGUAGAGACAAAUGAAAUGGUCAAUGGAGCUGCAGAGCAGAGAACAAGUUCAAAAGAAUCUAGUCCUGUUCCUUCCCCAACAACAGACCGCAAAGCCAAGACUGCCUUUCAGGCUCAGACCGCUGCUACCCUUCCAGCCAAAACACAGGAGACCCCAUCUGCUCAGAUGGAGGGCUUCUUGCACCGUAAACAUGAAUGGGAGACACACAGCAAGAAAGCCUCAAGCAGAUCCUGGCAUAAUGUGUACUGUGUUAUAAACAACCAAGAGAUGGGCUUCUACAAAGAUUCCAAGGCUGCUGCUUCUGGCAUUCCUUACCACAAUGAAAUCCCUGUCAGUUUGAAAGAAGCAGUCUGUGAAGUAGCAGUUGAUUACAAAAAGAAGAAACACGUGUUCAAGCUAAGACUAAGUGAUGGCAAUGAGUACCUCUUCCAAGCCAAAGAUGAUGAGGAAAUGAACACAUGGAUUCAGGCGAUCACAUCAGCUAUCUCCUCUGACAAAAUUGAAGUGUCUCCAAGCACACAAAGCACUCCAGCUUCUAGUCGUGCCCAAACCCUGCCAGCCAGCGUUACAAUAACCAGCGAAUCCAGUCCUGGCAAGCGGGAGAAGGACAAAGAAAAAGACAAAGAGAAGAGAUUCAGCCUUUUUGGUAAAAAGAAGUGAACUCCAUCUCCACACACACCCUGCACUUCUCUGACCUUUCCAGUGGAAUUCCAGCAUGCAAGCUCAGAACCAAUACAUUACUAUCUGUGCCUAAUGUUCCUCAAUGUGAUUUAAAUUUUUUUAUUUAUAGAGCAUUUAAAAAAGCCAACAAAAAAAAAAAGAAUCUAAAGUUACAAAUGUUUGAGGUGCAUUGGGCAGCUUCUGUACGAGAGGGAGGACCAGAUUUUGUUUUUUUUAAUGAAGUUAAUGUAGAUUAGAUCUUAAUAUUUAAACUGUUCCUCAAUUUUGUGAGGCUGUCUUGAAAAAUAACCCACAUCUAGUGAUAUUGGUAUGCAAGGCAGCGGUGCUUACAAAUUUCCUGUGCACAUUGAAGACAACUGUACAAAUUUUCAAACGUGUUCACUUCCAUUUAAGGUUGUUAUGCUGAGUCUUGACUAGUAGAGCCUCCCAUUACAGUUCUAACCUUUAUUAAAAUGAUAGUGUAUUAUCUUUGCUGUAACAGAGUGCAGGUAUGCAUUAACUUACGGACAAACCAUUUGUAUCCUGGCAUCAGUUAUUAACACAACCUGAAGCUUUUCUGCAUCCAGUACGACAGUUAAGAAUGUUGGUGUACAAGAAGGAUUAGCAUACUGAUACAGUUUUAAAUAAUCUGUAAUUUCGAAUUUUUUUGCUGAAAUACAUUAUAUUGUAUGUUUCAGAUAAUUCUAGUACAAAGUAUAAUAAGACUAGAUGUAUAAUAAACCCUUUAAAAAUCAUUGAUAAGUGUAAAAGUGGAACUGAAGCAUUUACUGGAAAAAAAAAGUAAUGUUACUCAAAUGGUUACUUGCUUGUCAGCUACAGCACUGUGUGUUAUAAUUUUGCUACAUUACCUUGCUAUUUGAUACAUAGUGUGCAUUCUCUGUCACUGUAACUAUUGUAAUGAAAAAUUUUCAUCUUACUGCACAAUCAGAAACUACAUUUAAUAGGAAUGAACUCUCAGUGACUGGGCCUGUAGUCAGAGUAGUACUGGAACUGGCUUUCAGUUGUAUGGAACUGUACCUCUAGACUUUUACCCUAUCUGUUAAAUAUAUGCUAUGUCAUUAAAUGCUUUUAAAACUAAA